AUGGGCGAGGAAGGUCCGCCACGUGACCUGGGAUGGUUGGGUGGGGCCCGCCAUGGGUCCCGGGACGGGCGGGAAAAGUUCCACCACGUGUCCCGGGGCGGGUGGGCAAAAUCUGCCACAUGUCCCGUGAUGGGUGGGCGAGGUCCGCCACGUGUCCCGGGACGGGUGGGCAAGGCCUACCACGGGUCCCAGGAUGGGUGGCCGAAGCCCGCCACAGGUCCAGGGAAGGGCGGGGGUUGCCCUGACACAUGUUCCGAGACAAGUGGGCAGGGGCUGCCACGGGUCCCAGGACGGACGGGGGUCCCUGCCACAGGUAACGGGAUGGGCGGCUGGGGUCCGCCAUGUGUCCCGGGACAGUGGCAGGCCUGCCACAGGUCCCCAGACGGGCAGGCAGGGCAGGCCAUGUUUCCCGGGACGGGCAGGCAAGGUGUGCCACUUGUCCCAGGACGGGCAUGCUAG